UAACCGUCUGAGCAAAGUAAACAAGUGUCGGUCCCCUCCGAACCACCAGAUGGCGCGCAGGCUCCCUUAAACCCACCUAUUGCCUACAGUCGGCGGCCACUGUUGUUACGUAGGAAUCCAAGAUGGCGUCGCAGUAUUUCCAAGAGAUGCAGGAGAGCUUUAAAAAUAACAACAAAAGCCGCGAAUUCGCCGCUCAUACGGCUAAAGUUCACUCGGUGGCGUGGAGCUGUGAUGGCAGGAGGCUGGCCUCCGGGUCCUUUGAUAAAACAGCGAGCGUCUUCGUGCUGGAAAAGGACCGUUUGGUGAAAGAGAACAACUACAGAGGGCACAGUGACAGCGUGGAUCAGCUCUGCUGGCAUCCCACCAACCCGGAUCUGUUUGUCACGGCGUCCGGAGACAAAACCAUCCGCAUCUGGGAUGUACGCACCACCAAAUGCAUCGCCACCGUCAACACGAAGGGUGAAAACAUCAACAUCUGCUGGAGCCCGGAUGGUCAAACCAUUGCCGUGGGGAACAAAGAUGACGUGGUGACUUUCAUCGAUGCCAAGACGCACCGCUCCAAGGCAGAAGAGCAGUUCAAGUUUGAGGUGAAUGAGAUCUCGUGGAACAACGACAACGACAUGUUCUUCCUCACCAACGGAAACGGCUGCAUCAAUAUUCUGAGUUAUCCAGAGUUGAAGCCCAUCCAGUCUAUCAAUGCCCACCCGUCCAACUGCAUCUGCAUCAAGUUUGACCCCACAGGGAAGUACUUUGCCACAGGAAGUGCUGAUGCGUUGGUCAGCCUGUGGGACGUGGAGGAGCUGGUGUGUGUCCGCUGCUUCUCCAGACUGGACUGGCCAGUGAGGACUCUGAGCUUCAGCCACGAUGGCAAGAUGCUAGCCUCGGCCUCCGAGGAUCACUUCAUAGACAUCGCUGAGGUGGAAACGGGAGAGAAGCUUUGGGAAGUUCAGUGUGACUCUCCAACCUUCACAGUUGCCUGGCACCCAAAGAGGCCCCUGCUGGCCUACGCCUGCGAUGACAAGGAGGGCAAGUACGACAACAACCGGGAGGCAGGCACCGUCAAACUGUUUGGCCUCCCCAACGACUCCUGAGGUCAUUUCUGCGUUCAGACUUGUUUAGCUUGAACUCUGUGAGCGAAACCUGCCAAGGAUGGAAGUAGAGAGUCUUCUCCAGCACCGGGCGCGAUCCUAAAGCCGCAGUAGCCUUCUCCCACCAGCAGAUGGUGCUGCUUUCAUAGCGCUUCCUUUACAAACUCUUAACUCCAUUCCUCAUUUGUGUACAUGAAUAAAAAUGUGCUGUAAGAUACUGUUUGUAUGUAAAAUAAAGUGUUUUGAUAUUAAAGCUGCUCUCUGUC